GAUACGCCCAUCACAGGAAGCCUUGCGAACGUGCGGGCAGUUUGGAGCCUGUUUCCUCACAAUUGCUGAUGGUGGACACGACCAGCAUGUGCAGCUCAUUCAAAUCUUGUCUCAAAUUCUGCAUCAUCUCCAUCAACAUUAUCAUUCUCUUAGCUGGCGGUGCAGCUCUAGGCGUUGGUAUCUGGAUCGUCAUCGAUGAAGACAGCUUCUUCAACACCCUGUACCCGCACAUAUUGGACGUGAGCACCAUAGACAAGGAGUUCCUCCGCCAUGCCGCCAUAGUCCUCGCGACCGGCGGGGCCGGUACGGUCUUCUUUGCCUUGCUGGGAAUAGCCGCGGCUGUGACGUCAAGCACCUGCUUACUGGGUUUGUAUAUAACUGUCAUCACUCUGGUUAUUGCUGUGGAAGUAGCGGCUGUUAUACUUGGGAUUGUGUUCAAGAAAGCGUGGGAACGAGAACUUGAUAAUGAGUUAAAAGAGAACAUGAAGAUGAAAUAUGGUGCGCCUUCAGAUGGGUUCACGGCGGCCAUGGACCAACUCCAAGGAAAGAAAAUGUGUUGUGGUUGGACAAACGGAAGUGACUACGUCAUGACCGGAAGCCAGUGGAACAGAACUCUUGAAGACGGAAGUUUAGCAACUAUCCCUGAUUCUUGCUGUAAAAUGGUGAAUGCCAGUAUCGUGAUGCCAAACUGUACAACUGCACCCACCUCUGAUAAUUCGUACUUCAAUCAGGGUUGCAAGUCAUCUUUAUAUGACCUCUUUGUGAACUACCAAGCUUGUAUCAUUGGCUUUGGAGCAGGUAUCGCAGGGAUAGAGUUUCUCAUGCUGCUUUUAGCCAUUUUUCUGAUCGCAAACAACGACUCCAACAAAUACAAUAUGAGCUGAUAGCUGUUGCCUGUUUUGUUACCACUUGAGGAGAAGAGAGCAUCAUUUGGCGCUUACUUGGAGAUCUGGGUAUUUAAUUGUUGUCUACAUGAUGGCCAAGCUUGGCACGAACUGCCAAUAUUACCCUUGCGUGCAAACAUUGCACUCGCUUGUUUACAUUUCCGCCCGGGUAAAGCAAUUAAUAUGACAUGCUAACAUUACAUGUGCAUUCGCCUGUAAAAACAGCGCAGCCUGUCUGAUCAUCGAAUGAACCAUCCAAUGUAUGAAAUUCAAUACAACCUUGUAUAUUUAUAGAUUCUACAAAUAUUUUUUGACAAAAACACAUGAAAUGACUUCCUAUACCAUUCUAACUUAUGUAAGGUAAAGCGUGAUUAGGUUUGUUAUUUGUACGUCAUUAUAAGUCCGUUAUUUAUGUAUUUAGAUAUAAAUAGCAAUGAACGUAUCAUACAUAGCCUUUUAUUUACUGUUGUGGUCUUAACAUCCUGCAUUUGAAGACUGAGAGUGUAUCACUAUCACUGACUUAUGUAUUUACAGAAUAGAAAUGGUUUAUCAAUGUUAUGUAUAUUGAUGUACACGUAUAGUACGUUUUGAAUGGUGACGUAAAUCAAUUCGCCUAAUGCGCAACAGGAGCUACAGAACCUAGUAUUGUUAUUUUGAUAUGAUAUCCAGUUAUUUCAUUGGCUAGUCAUCUUCUUGUAUUACCACAUUAUCGACUGACUACGGUCAAAUCGCCGAGGUGACGUCAGGUUACAUCAAUUCGUGUACAUAUUCCACUUCGGGAAAUCAAGACAACAAUGUUGAGAUACACUUCUUCAAGUCUGAAAGUUUAUGCCGGGACUUUAUUAUUUACUGAGACCAUAGCUUGUUAUGUUACUUAUAUAUAUAUAUUACAUAUAUGUUAAGAAAUGUUUUCACUGAAACAUAUUUUACUUCGCAAUGAAACUAUGCAAAGUCUUGUAAAAUUCUUGCAACGUUCUUGAAGUGAGCUGAAUUUACAAGAUGUAUGCUGUUUACCAUUGUAAAGAGAUGUGUGAGUAAUCUUAUUUGGACAGAAAA